AUGUCCGCGCACUUUGCAGGCGACGCAUCCCAGCUCCCGCUCGACUACCUCCGUGGCCUGGCCAUCAUCAGUUCCGGCGUCGCCGUCGACGAGGGAAGCCGUGUCCUCCACAUUCGUAACCCGGACCGCAGCAAGGUCGCGCUCAUCAGCGGCGGUGGAUCUGGACACGAGCCGGCGCACGCCGGGUUUGUGGGCAGCAACUCGCUCACGGCCGCGGUGGGCGGUAACGUGUUUGCGUCGCCCAACUCGCGCCAGGUGCGCCGCGCGCUCGAGCUCGUCAAGAAUGACAAGGGCACGCUCGUCGUCGUCAAGCGGUACACUGGCGACGUGUUGAAUUUCGGCCUGGCCGGCGAGUCGGCGCAGGACAAUGUGCGUUUCCUGGUCGUGGGCGACGACGUGGCUGUGGGCCGCACGCAGGGGUCCAUUGUCGGCCGCCGCGGUCUGGCGGGCACGACGCUCGUGUACAAGGUCGCUGGAUGGGCGGCGGCGCAGGGCGCCAAUGUCGACGAGGUCAAGCGCCUGGCGUCGCUGGUCGCCGACAAUGUGGGCUCGAUCGGCUCGAGCUUUGCCCACUGCCACGUCCCCGGUACCAAGAAGGAGCCGUCGCACCUCGCCGAGGGCGAGAUGGAGGUCGGUAUGGGUAUCCACAACGAGAAUGGAAUCAAAAAGACGGCCAUCCAGACAAAGGACAAGCUCAUCGACGACAUGGUGGAGAUGCUCACCUCGACGACCGACAAGGAGCGCUCGUUUAUCGACUGGAAGGGCAAGGGCGACAAGGCCGUCGUCAUGGUCAACAACCUCGGUGGCCUGAGCGAGCUCGAGCUCGUGGGUCUCGUCCCCUUCGUUCUGGCUUCGCUCAAGAAGCGCAACAUUGAGGCGGUCCGUCUCCUCGUCGGCUCGUUCAUGACCUCGCUCGACAUGCCUGGUUUCUCCAUCACCACCCUCCGUCUGCCCGAGACAGACGUCGACACGAUCCUCAAGGGCGUGGACGCACCCUCGUCCGCACCGGGCUGGCGCCUCCCCACCAUUCCCUCGCUCAACCCCGAGCCCACCCCAGCCAAGGUCGAGAAGGAGUCCAAGGUCCCCUCGGGCCUGACCGCGUCCCCGCUCUUCACCGCCGCCAUCACUGCCGCGUGCAACGCCGUCAUUGCUGCCGAGCCCGACAUUACGCGCUACGACGUCAUUGCAGGCGACGGCGACUGCGGUCUCACCCUCAAGGCUGGCGGUGAGGCCAUCUUGGCCGGCAUCCAGCGCGGCGACAUCACCCCCACCGACGUUGUCAACUCGAUCCGCGCCAUCUCGGCCAUCAUCGAGGAGGAGAUGGGCGGCACCUCGGGCGCGCUGUAUGCCAUCUACUUUUCGGGCCUGGCAAAGGCCCUCGCGGCCGCCCCCAAGGGCGAAAUCACCCCGGCGCAGUGGGCCCAGAGCGCCGCGUCCGCACUCGACGUGCUGUCCGGCUACACGUCCGCACGCCCGCCCAGCCGUACCCUCAUGGACCCCCUGUUUGCGUUCACCGAGACGCUGCCCAAGUCCGGUAUCGACGCUGCGGCCGCCGCGUCCAAGGCUGCGGCUGAGAACACGGCCAAGCUCGUCGCAUCGGCGGGUCGUGCAGCGUACGUCGACCAGGAGGCACUCCAGAAGGAGGCCGUGCCGGACCCGGGAGCGUGGGGUCUCGCCCUCAUCUUUGGCGCCUUUGCCAGUGCUGCCAAGUAA